CGAACUGAACGGGCCUCGGCACUCAGCCACACUGCGGUUCUAGCGCUGCCUGGCCAACCUUGAUGCCAGCGAAGCAGCGCGGAGCGUAUCGGGGCUGUCCGUCGAAAGAGCCCGUGCGCUGCUGGCGGUGCGAGGGCUCGGGCGGCCCGCCUCCUGUCUGUCGAGGCGACAGCGCGGCGCGCGCGGCACCGAGCGCUCUCGCCGCCGCGGCGCUUCAUCACUUGUCCCUCUUGCUCUUUCCACCAACACACACCUCUCUCGACCCCAGACACACACGCAACCAUGUCUCGCUCCGCUGCUGCCAACCGGCACGAAGAGCCUUCCAAGAAGGCACCCGUUCUACUGCAGGCGUACGAGUGGAACACACCAGGCGGUGGCAACCACUGGAAGUGGCUGCGUGACAACGCCGAGCGCUUCGCGGACAUGGGCAUCACGGCCUGCUGGCUGCCGCCGGCGACCAAGGGCGCGGGACAGGAGAGCACGGGCUACGACAUGUACGACCUGUGGGACAUGGGCGAGUUCAAGCGCACCCCAGAGGCUGAGGAGCGCACCAAGUACGGUACGCGCGAGGAGCUCGAGGAGUGCAUGGCUGCGCUCAAGAAGAACGGCAUUGUUGUGAUGCUCGACGGCGUCUACAACCACAAGGACGGCGCCGAGGAGGCGGAGACGUUCAAGGCCAUCAUGGUCGACCAGGAAGACCGCAACAAGGACAUUGGAGAGCCGCGCGACAUCGAGGGCUGGACCAAGUUCACGUUUCCCGGCCGCAAGGGCAAGUACAGCGAGUUCCAGUGGAACUUCAACCACUUUACAGGGGUGGACUUUGACCAGAAGACGGGAACAAACGCCAUUUUCCGCAUCCUGGGAGAGGGAAAGACGUGGGCGCCGGACACGGACAGCGAGAAGGGCUCGUUCGACUACCUCAUGGCUUCGGACAUCGACCAUGCGCACCCCGACGUGCGCGAGGAGUUCUUCCGCUACGCAAAGUGGCUGGUCCGCACCUUCCCCAUCACGGGCAUGCGCUUCGAUGCUGUCAAGCACAUGAGCCGCGACUUCCUCGCCGAGUUCGUCAAGGUCAUGCGCGACGAGCACCGUCUCCUCCGCAAGGAACAGGGCAAGCCGGACGUCGACGAGAGCGAGGGACCCCUGUUCUUCUGCGUGGGGGAGCUAUGGAAGGAUGAUGUCAAGACGUGCACCGACUACAUCAACAAAUUUGCCUUCGAGCAACAAUUUAGCCUCUUCGACUGCCCCCUGCACUACAACUUUGCAGAGGCUGGCAAUGCGGGCAAGGACUACGACCUGCGCAAGAUCUGGGACGGCACGCUCGUGCAGGCUCAGCCCAUCGACGCCGUCACGCUCGUGGAGAACCACGACACUCAGGCCGGCCAGUCGCUUGCCAGCCCCGUCGCGGCGUCCUUCAAGCCGCUCGCCUACGCCAUGAUCCUGCUUCGCGAGGCCGGCUACCCGUGCGUCUUCCUGGGCGACCUCGACGGCUGCCACGCCGAGAACGACGAGCAGCCCUCGGUGCCUCCGAUGUCUAGCCUCGACAAGUUCAUCCGCGCUCGCAAGCUCUGGGGCUUCGGAGACACGAGGGACUACUGGGAUCACCCCCAGGCAGUCGGGUGGGUGCGUACGGGUGAAGGACAAGGCGAAGAGCGCCUCGAAGGCUGCGCCGUCGUCAUGUGCAUUGGAGAGGCCGAGGGCAAGAAGCGCAUGGAGGUCGGCAAGGAGCACGCCGGCAAGAAGUACAUCGACGUGCUGGGCUGGCACCAGGGCGAGAUUGAGAUUGGCGAGGACGGCUGGGCCGAGUUCGUCUGCCACCCCUCCAGUGUGUCGAUCUACGCAUGGUCGGAAGCGCGCGGCAUCGAUGAGUUCAAGUAGGGAACGACGUCGUGGGCAUCAAGCUCAAGUAGACGCUGCCUCUGCGUCCUUCUCGGCGCGAGCAGAGGCAUGAGUCGCCGCAAACGACGCGCGACCGAAUGUAGAAGCACACAGGGUGAUCCGUCACGCGUUAGCCACCGAAUACAUAGAUAGCUGCG